AGAAACUCAAAGUAAACAUUUUACUAAAAGAAUUGUUAUAAAAAUGGCGCUUCUCAAAAGCCUGUUCGUUAUCCUCGCUGUGAUGACCAUCGUUCUAAUGGUGGCCAACACGGCAUCGGCCAUUGAUUGCCUCUCUGGAAGAUUCAGUGGUCCUUGCUGGGCUUGGGAUGGAGAGCAGUGCCGCCGCCUCUGCGGAGAGGAAGGACAUGUCAGUGGACAUUGCAGUGCCAGCCUGAAGUGUUGGUGUGAAGGAUGCUAAAGCCACUCCAAUUUAAACGUGUUUAUAUUCGCUAAUAUUUACACAUGAAUUAUGUACUUUUUAUUG